AUGGACUCGCAAUCUUCUACCCAAUCCGCACGAUUACAAGGUGAAACUUCAUCAAUACCAAAUCUUAAAGAUCGGCUUCCGAAGCUCGAACCUCGAAAGCGACGCUCAGCUACCUCCAACCCUACUCCCAUUCCCGAAACACCCGCCUUACCAACGCCACCGGAUACCUCCGACUGGACUUUCAAGACACCAUCGCGAAGAAUCUUAUCAAAAAAGGACCAUGAUAUUUUCUUGUCUUCAUCAACAUAUAAGCUCAUUACAGCCUGGGUAUUUGGGCUAGCAGAGUCUGUGGUCGACACCCCCAACUCUGCAGUUCGAGACGCCGACCUGAGCAGCCCUCUCAAGGUCAUACUACGUAUCCUCGAUGAGACGGAACAGCUGGUAGCCAAGUCACCUCCGAAUGAACAAGGUGGAUCAAGAUUCGGUAACAAGGCGUUCCGCGGCCUUCUCGAGCUUGCGCAAAGCAACAGUGCAACUUGGCAUCGAGAUAUCGGCGUCCAAGACGAGAGAGCUAUCGCCGAGCUCUCCAUAUACUUUUGCCAGUCUUUCGGCAACGGAAAUCGAAUCGACUAUGGAUCUGGUCAUGAGUUGAACUUCACGAUUUGGCUCCUUUGCCUUUACCAGCUGGGCUUGUUAGAGCGAUCCGAUUUCAAACCCCUCGUCCUCCGUGUAUUCGUGCGCUACCUUGAGGUGAUGCGUGUCAUCCAGAUGACUUAUUACCUUGAGCCUGCGGGAUCACACGGAGUUUGGGGACUUGAUGAUUACCAGUUUCUCCCUUUUCUUUUCGGUGCCACACAGCUCUUGCACCACCCAUACAUUACCCCAAGAGCUAUUCACCAAGACCUUACCCUUGAGGAGUUCGGCCACGACUAUAUGUAUCUUGGCCAGGUCAGCUUUGUAAACAGCACAAAGACCGUCAAGGGUCUGAGAUGGCACAGUCCCAUGCUAGACGAUAUUUCAUCAGCGAGAUCGUGGACAAAGAUCGAUGGCGGCAUGCGCCGCAUGUUCGUUGCUGAAGUCCUAGGCAAGUUACCUGUCAUGCAGCAUUUCCUCUUUGGAUCUCUCGUGCCAGCAGUAGAUGGCAUGAGCGAAGACACAGGUACUGAGGAAGACGAGAAUGCCGAACAUGAUCCACACGAGGGCCAUGACCACACUGGAAAGGCUCACGAUGGCACAGGUUGGGGUGAUUGCUGUGGUAUCAAGGUUCCAAGCAGUAUCGCUGCUGCCCAAGAGAUGAAGAAGAGGGGUGGUGAUCAGGGAUUGCGGAGGAUCCCAUUCGACUAA